GAUCCUUCUGUCACUGAGCACACCACAGCUGAGGGUGAAGGGGGCUAUGCGGUGCCUGCUGCAACAGGUGGUGGAGCCUACGGUGCAUCUGGAGCUGGCGCUUGGUCUUCUGCCCCUCCCAAAGCACCAGAUUAUUCCACCCCGGAGCCAAAGAAUGGUGCAUCAAAACCAAGCAGGGAAGAACAAGGCUACGAUGGCACGAUGGCAAGCCAGCCGCCUGUCGUCCCUCCAUCUGCCCCUGCAGCGUCAGGGGCAAAGAAUUUCCCCAAGUGCUGGCCCUUGGUGUACCAUGACAUCGAUGCGGAAGUGCCGGCGCACAUGCAGCGCGUCAUCCGCUGGACGUUUUGGUCCUAUCUGCUGUUUUGCGUCACCUUGAUCUGGAACUUCUUUGCCGUUCUCGUCAGCCUUGGGAUUGAUGCGGACUUCCUUGUGCCCAUGUUCCUGGCACUGCUCUACAUGGUAGUGGGCAUUCCCGCUGCUUGGAUUCUCUGGUACCGGCGCAUCUACAACGCAUCCAGAAAUGACCGGUCCCUCACCUACAUGUGGUUCUUCAUGUGGUACAUUGUGCACAUCGGGUUCUGCAUCUGGGGAACAAUAGCACCCCCAUGGGGUAUCGGAAGCGCCAGGGCAUUUGCUGGCGCCGUUAGAUUGUCCGACAUGUUUGACGAGAACCCCUUCUACGGAGUGGUGUACCUCAUCGGGUUCAUCCUGUGGCUUUCCAGCGCUGUCGUGGGCGUGUUCCUUUGGAGUAGGCUGAUGACGCAGUUCCGCACGAGUGGCGGAGUCCAACAAGUGCAGGCAGACGCCAGAAGGGCGGCCGGCGGGGCUGCAUUCCAGCAAGCUGGCCGUGUGUGA